AUGGACGUAUACCUCGCCUCGGACGGCGGGUUCGUGCAGAUCCCCCAUGCUCUCAGCGACUACGACUCCCUCGAAGGCGUCAUCACGGAUGCUUCUGCCGCCACCGGUCUCGUUGCAGGCAACGUCCUCCUCUUCACAGAAGACGGGCGCGAGCUCAAGCAAGAGGUGCUCGAGGAGCUCUGGGAGCGCGGGGGCCGCGGCGGCGGGUCCUCGCCACAGCGACAGGUCGUCUACCUCUUCAAUCGCGAGACGUUCUUCAGCGAUCCCGAGCGCUGGGCCAGCGAGCUCCGCGAGGAGAUAGUGUACCCACCUCCAUUAGAUGCAUCAGGCCAGUUGGGCGUCUCACAAGCACAAGCUCCCUUCGCCGCUGCGUACGACCACUUGUGCCACUUGCAAUCCCUGUUCAAGGCACAGGCGCACGCGUUACGCAUCGCGUAUGCAAACUUAUCUUACCACCUCGACCCUAUCGUCCAGGCGUUUCGCGAGUUCUCGGCGAGGGCGGAGAACCAGCUCGAUAGUCAGGAGAAGCUGCUAGCCGGGUAUCAGGUCGACAUGGCCAUGCUUCCCAAAGUUGUCGUGCACGAGGCAGUGUUCCGCCGACGCGAGAAAGACAGCAUCGACAAGCGCAAGGCGCUCGUUGACUGGAUCCACACGAAGAAGAUGGAGGAGGUGCGGAACCACUGUCAAGUGGCUCAUUCCGACUACGUCAGUCGGUACAACACUGUUCUCGGUGAGAUGGACGAGUUGGCCAUCCAGUCGGACGCGGACCGGCAACAAGCCGAGCACCGUAUCCUCGGCGUCGAGCACGAGUUCACCGAGGCACUCGAACGCAUCGAUCUCGCGCUCCAACAAGUGCAGGCGCUAUUGCAAACUGGUGACGCGGACGCAGACCAGGACCUUCGGGACCUUGACCAGGCCAUGCGGGAAGACCUUGCCGGCAUGACAGCUGUCAAGAACGACUUCACCCUCGACCUCCACGUCCAUUUAAGAGGGAUCGCCAACUACCAGGUCCGCAUGACCAAGCUCACGCGUCCAAUGACUGAGCUUGACCUCGACUUGCGGCAGAAGAACGCGUUCCCUCACCUCGAGCGGCUACACAACAUGCCAUUUGCGUACGCGGCCAACAUCAUCGAGAUCUUUCAUCGCAAGAGCUUCGCUGCAGCGAUGAUCGAGUGGGCGACUAAGAUGUCUCGGACUUUGAACACAGUCCUUGCGGAAGAAGGUCGCCGGCGGCAGCAACACAAGGCGGACAAUAUGCUGCCAUGGGAGAUCGCAGUACUAGAGGAGACUCAGAUUGCGAGCGUGGACGUCACCUUCUCCGGCGCCGACAUCAUCGCACACACGGGCGUGUCACGCAAGGACAUCGAUGGGCUCGUAGCGUCGCUAGAGAUCAUCCGGGACGACCCCGAGUUCCACGAUCUCCCAGAGACUGACAACCCCAUUCCAGCGCUCCUUGAGCAGAUCAAAGAGCUCAUGGCGACACUCGAGUCGUCAACCUCCAUGACGACGGCGGAGCUGGACCAGGCCGCGGCCAGUUCAGCAGCUGCGCCCAACGAGCUGCAGGAGUUGCGCGACGAGAACGCGGAAUCCAAGAAUCGUCUCGAGGGGAUGGAGCAGCACAUUCGCGACCUUGAGGAACGCCACGAACGCAAGGUGGAAAUGCUGCAGACCCGGCAGGGUGAAAUGCAGGAAGAGCAAGUCCGCCUUCGUACCGAUCUGAGCGAGGAGGUUCAAGCGCGGCAGCAGAUCGCAAACGAGCUUGACGACAAGAACAGAGAAUGUGAGGAGCUUGCGAUGGCUUUGGAUGAGCAGAAGGAGGUUGUCACCGCCAUGAGGGUCGAUGGACAGCAGGAGAAGGACCGGAUCAACGAUCUCGGCGUGCGGUUGCAGGAGGCCUUACUCGACGUUGACGGACUGCGCAGCGCUGAGCAGACGCUCGUCUUCCAGAUCCGCGAGAUGCAGGAAGAACGCACGCGCAUCAUCACCGAUCUUGGCGAGGCUCAACUCUUGGCCACGAACUGCGAAUCGGAGCUCGCUGGCACCCGCGCUGAACUGGAGGCGACCUCCAGCCAGCUUGUUGAAGCCCAGCGUGAUCGCGACCAGGCGCUCAAGAACCAGUCGGCCGAGGCUGAGCGCCUUAUGCGCGACCACAUCGCCGAGGCGGACGGUGACCGUGCUGUCCUUGAGCACCAGAACCUCACACUCACGAAGGAGCUUGAGACCGUCCGCGCAUCCCUGAACGAGAAGCUCAACUCGGCGAAGAAUACUCACGUUCGCCGCGAGGAUGGUCUCAAGGCGGAGCUGUCGUUCACCAAGGCCCAGCUGAGGGACGUUCAACGGCGUGAGACCGUUCUGUCCGACGAACUAGCGAUGGCCAAGGACGCAAGCGCGGCCGCAGAGAAGAAGGCAACGCACAACUCUGAGAUCGCGCGCGAUGCUGUCAUCCUUGCGGGCAAAUACCACGAGGCAUGUCAACGUCUCAUGUUCGCCAUCUCAUCGUCGACGACCAUCUCUGGCAGCCUCUCGCUUCCUUCUAAACCCAAGCUCUCCGGACCCGUACUUCCCGGGUCGUCUACAAGCAGCAUCGACAUGAACAACUCUUCGGUGUUGACGCGCUGCCUCGAGACGGCCAGCGGGUUCGAGCUCGACAGUUUCGCUGACGCGGUUCUCCGCACGAUUAACCUCGCGCGUAAGCUUUCCAAGAGCUGCAAGACGUACCGUGAACUAUCGCGCAGCAAAAUCACCAUUUCGAACUUUGGCAAAGGCGACCUCGUGUUGUUCCUCCCAACACGCAACGCGGCAGUGAACGCAUGGGCUGCGUUCAAUAUCUCGGCGCCUCAUCACUUCCUCAAGGUGACCGACGCUAUACGCCAGCAGCUCGUCGGCAAGGACUACUACCUGGCGCGUAUCACAGCGACGGACGAAGCGGUGGUGAAUGGUGACUCGGUGGAGACCAACCCAUAUGGCCUGGCCGAGGGACUGCGCUAUUACUCGCACCAUGUUGAAGAGUGGCAACCUGGGCAGCCACGCAUGUCACGCCGCUCCAUGUCCUCGAGCAUCCCCGUCGCUCUCAAACCAUCUCCCCCGCAGCGCCAGGCUAGCCAACCAGUUCGUCGGCAGCGCAGUCUGUCGCCGACGAAGGAGGGCUCGGUAUCACCGUCAGCUAGACCUUCUCCUCCACCCCGGAUCUCUGAGACGAAGCCUUCGCCACAGGCUCCCCUCUCGCCGCAGCCUUGGUCCGCAGCUCAAUCCCCAGUUCAUUCGCCAGUGCAUUCUGCCACGCACACCCCUUUGGCAUUGUCGCCAGCGCCGUUGGGCUCGUUGCCUCACCCCCAAUCGAGCCCUGGUGCCUCACCCCGCGCGUCAAUCGACAUGCGCUCACCUCCCCCACCCGACUUCGUCCCGCGCCGCUCGCUCGACGCACGCUCGCCUCAAAUCCUCGAUAGGCAGUACAUGGUCUCUCCACCCCCACCUCCAUCUUCUCCCACGACGCCCUUCUCCCCUUCCGCCGCGCUCGUUCGUCGCUCUCACCGGACAAGCCUGGCCAGCAACGCGUCUCCACCAGCACGUGACUUUGCGGCUUCGCUCGUUAGACCCUCGAGCGUGGCGAGCAGCGUUGGGUCUGCCGCACGUGCAGGGGCUCUACCCAUACCGGUCAGUGCGGCAAAGGGCGCGCCUGCAGCACCGGUCGCAACCUCGGUGGAGGGCUCACCGUCGAGCUUUGGUGACCACGGUCUGGGCGGUGUAGGUGUGCCCGUGCCUGCCACCCGCCGGCUCAACACGAAGGCUUCGGCCUCGAGUUUGAGGGCUGGGGCGCAGAGUGCGAGCCCGAAGAGUGCCUCUGGGUUAGGCAAGACGGAGGAUAUUUUACGGCCAUCUCCACUUGGCAACUGUGGCGCACCGUCGCCCACACACACAGGGGGUUUCCUGAGCGGCCUGUCGCUGUCACGAAAGCGCAACUCAAGCACGGGCGGGGGUGCAACCGCCGUGGACAUCCUCAGCAAGUAUAAGAAGGACUCGGAGACUAAACCCUAG